AUGGAUCAGAAGACACAGGAGUCAGGUGCGCUCUCACUGCGGGAUGUUAUGGAGCGGCCCUCAGAUGAGGAAGCGCUGCAGUUGCUGCUCAAUGAACACCAAAAGUAUUACAUUGGCGCGCUGGAUGAUGACGACUACAUGAGCAGCGACGGAUCCGAGGCGAUUUACAGCGAUGGUGCGAUCAAAACAACAACAACGACGACUACCAUGACCGCAACGAGGACCACAACAAUCACCACUGCUGUGACUCUUGCCAGUGGCGACAGCGUUAGCAACGGCAUUAGCAGCCGCAGCUGUGAGCGUGCCAACACUUGUGGUGGAUUAACAGUAUCCGAUAAAGUUAUCAACAAUACCGUUUACUAUGGACUCCCCGGCGUGGUGGAAGCAUUCAAUGUGCGCACACUGAGUCGCGUGGAUUGUCCACGUACAUGGGUUGUGCCGCGCGGGACAAUUCCGGCAUCCUGCUAUGCCAACACUGUGACAGAGAAGCUGGACGUAAACAGCUGUGCAUUAGUGGAUUAUAGCCAACGGCGGUGCCUUGUGUACGCACGGAGCGAAUUGCUGCAACCGCAGGGUAAGGCUGGGGACCGAAUGCAGAAGGUCCUCGCUGUGUGGCCUGAAGGAAGCACGAGAUAUCGCCACAACCAAUUUCACAAUGGCAGCGGCAGCAGAGGUGACACCGGUAGUCAGGCACAGGUGUGGCCGCAGGAGAGGAGUCCUUCACCGACAGGGACGCAGUCGCCACUUUAUUGGCCCGCUUACGUCACACGGGUGGUGGGUGUCUUUGAGGACCCGCUGCUUGAAGUUGCAUCGGACCCAUUGUUCCUCAACACUAUCCCUGUCGCAGAGGCAGCCGCACAUCAUGCCGGAUCCGCUUCUAACGGUGUAGAGAAGGAGGGGGAAACAUCCCAGUGGGCGAAGUGUUGUGCGUGGCUAAAAAGUCACAACGAUUUCAAUGAAGUUAUUGAGUAUGCUUUGACGGUGCCCAUGAGGAUCUGUGUUGACGUAACAUACUGCAUUGACGAAAUAAGCGAGGGACGGCGCUUGACGAUAUUACCCUCUGUCCGCUAUGCAACUCCGAAGGAUGACGUUAGCAGCAAUGAAGAGGAUGACCAGGAGGUGUUGAAGCACGCUGAGCAUGUAUGUAGUACAUUAAAGGCUGGCCAUAGUUGCUCGUGUAUUGUGCGCCACGAGUCGCAGUGCCCGAUCCUCACACCUGAACAGAUCCCAGAGGUGGUGUCCAUACGGAACUACUCCCACACGGCCAUUUUGGGUCGAAGAAAAGGUCAUGCAUCGGCGGCAGCCCUUUCUUUGGGGUGGAAAAAGCCUUUGGGAUGUGUCACUGAACAGAAGAGCCCCGAACGCUCGAGUAGCGCAACUGGCACGGUAUCGAUGAAUCAUUCGUUGAUGAAGUCCCCGGGAUCCCCACGGAGGGCCCGAUUGAAUGGCGACACCCUCUCACAGAAUCCCAUAACAGCACUAGAGAUGUUAGCGGGCCCCAUUUGUCAGGCACAGCAGUUUGUCUUUCUUCGUCCCAACCCGCAGACCGUUGCCGAAGCUCAGCGGGCGGCCAUUGAGGACCUUCGGGCACUUUGGAUGAGGCUUCGUCGACCCUCACGGGCAGUACUGAAGGCAGAAGAGGAGGCUGAACGCUCCAGAUUUAAUCCCACGUGUACCCCACCAGACGAGAAAAGCGAAAACAAAACCGCUUCCUUUGAAUAUGUCCCUCCGUACGUGCAGUCGGACCCACCGAAGAACACGGGGUUAGACACUUCGGAUCUCCCCGCCCCGCAUGGUUGCUAUGCACCGGAAGAUGUGACAGAUGACCACCUUCAUCGGAAAUUGAAGUUGUUACAGGGUCAGACCGCUGAGGGAAACCGGCGGGGCAAGCCAAGUUACCCACCGCCAACAUUCAACCCCAGUUAUGAGGGACCGGCCACACCAGACUUUGAGAGAGGGUGCUGUCCGCAUCGGGUGGCGCCUUCCCGACGAGAGGUACGCGAUAAUUCGCCUUCAGUACGCUGCAGGCACGACAGCGAUGUUGAUAUGACGACGACAAGCGAUCGUGGGGCAUUUGCUGGACCAGUUGGUGGUCCCUCUAGAAGAGGUAGUUUGUGUCGCAAUGGCAACAGUUGCAAUAACAGCUUUAACCUCCGCUACAGUGGAUGGAACGGCAGUAGGCUUAAUGCCACUACAAAUUCAUCAAUGGAAACCCCUCCGGCGAAACCUAGUAGAACGUAUGCUCGCGGGACCUCGACGGCCGCCGUGCUGUUCGCGGAGCAGGACGAGUUCAAUUCCACUGAGCACCUGAACAGCAGCGAGCAGCAAAAAACAGAAAACACCUCUUAUCGAGACCAAAGAGGGGAAGUGCACGAAGCCCACGUCGGGAAGAGUACGUGCAUUUCGCCUCUACGAUCACGUGGUCACGCUGAUUCGUUUCGCGUUGAAGAGAGCUUGUCCACAAAGUCAAAGACGCGUAUGUUUGGCUCUGCGUCAGCUGAUGUUGUAGAUCGUACCAAAGAGACCAGUGGAAAUGGUCGUACACUAACGACGCCAGAUGAAAAUGUCACCGUGAAGAGCACGGUGUUAGAGCAGAGUGCGGUGCCUCGCGGUGCGCUGACAGCAUUCCAAGAGUUUGAAAGACGGGUAGCAAGAGAUGUCAGAGUCCAACAAGCACGCGCAAUUGAGUUGCCUCGAGAGUGCACUUUGCGAGAUGUUGUUGCAGCACGAGCGUUGGAUGUGCACGAAGCAUCGUUAAGGAAGUGUUCCCCCAGCCAAACACCCGUGGGAAAGACUGAAGAAAAGCAGGCAAUGACGGCCCCGCCGUCGGCGGAGAAGCGGGGGAACUCCGCAACCAAAGCGGAUAGGGAGGAAGGGGAAGGGAAAUUAAACCCCCUUUCCCUACGAAUGAGCAGAAGCCAGUUGGAGGUUCAAGCCCCGGCCAGGCAACAAGAGCAACAAAUGUGUGUGGGCCCGUUCCGCAAAGUUGAGGAUUCUGACGUUGGAGUCCCGCGUCACGACAAAGCGCUAAAUGCGCGGCGCGCAACUGAGCAGUCACAACAUCAAGAACAACAACAUGGAAGUCUGACUUCCACCGUGAAAAUAUCAGAGCUCAGCAACCCCACUGUCGCGCCACCAGAUGCUAACAAAAACGAUAUGCUGUAUCUACUCAAACAAGAAUUUCAACGGCUUCAGAGCCAAAGCACCAGCACCGAACGGGCAACCAUAGAAUCCGGUCGCGACCCAGCACUGGAGAGGGAGCGUUGGACUCCGCAGGCUCCGGGCUCAUUGCGGUCGGUACAAGAAAGGCAACAACAACAGCAGCGGUAUAGUGAGAACGCAACUCGCAGCAGCAGAAACCCUAGCUUUGGGUUUCCCCGUGAUGAUUCGUCGGUAGCUGCAAAGCAGCAGGCGGUGCAAUCACCACACCAAGACCGCUUGAUUGAAAGCAUGGUCCCUGUUGGCAGAAAUUCCCAGCCUUUAUUUUCCCAACGUGUGUCACCGUCGCUCUCGGUUGAACAACAACAACAGCAGCAGCAACGGCAGCACUCGUGUAGUCGGGUUUCAUACAGUGAAAAUGUAGUCACAGGACCUGCUUUCUCCUCACCAUCAAACGCGAAGCAGUCCGUAACGCAACAUGAAGCCUUCACGGCGACCAGUCGAAGAAAUUCCGAUCUCAGGUUCCCUUCACAAGCCGCGUCACUGACCUCUCAGGUGUCAGCCACCCCGGCGCAACGUCCAGAGCGCUCCAAUGAGAACCUGCUCUCAAGUACGAAAAGCCUGGACUCCAAGCCUGCUCGUUAUACUCCACCAUCGUUGGCUGUUAGGCACCGUUCCGAUACGGAGACGGCAAAUGAAAAAGAAGAUCGGCGGCGAGAACAGCGAUCGGGCAGUGAUAUGAUCAGUACUGUGCAUUCGGAUGCUGAGGUAACUGUUCGUGUCCCGUCACCCAAGUCGACACGGCACCAAAGACAACGCCAGUAUCUUGUGACCAGUGAUACCUCCAGCACGAGGAACUCUAACCCUGCCAUCACCCAUCAAAGCGAGUCACACGCAUACUCGUAUUCCGCUAUGCAAUCGAUAUAUAAGGAGCGAACAACCGGGAGUUUACUCUCCAACGCGAAGAAUUCCGAUGCCAAGGGCGUGCGUCCCACGCUGUCACCGACAGCACUCCAACAGUCCGAUGCGCUUGUUUCAUAUCAAUCGUGGGCCCGGGUAGGGAAGGAGAAAUCCACAACCAGGAAUUCGGAUGUUGAGGUGGUUGUUCGAAUUCCCUCGCCAAGCAAGAACCGAAGUGUGACGCAUUACUCGCCCACUCACGACUCCAACCGCAAGAGUUCUGACGUCGAGGUGGUAGUUCGCAUUCCUUCGCCCAGCAGCAGGAGGUCCGAAACAGUGCAACAACAGUCACACGACACAUCACAAACGCAACGGUCAUCGCUAAACUAUCCGCGCACACCCUACACAAAGCCCAGUUCCGUUAUGUUGAAGGCGAGUAGUUACCCGCAGUGCGAUGAUUUUCCGCUUUUACGAACAUCAAGCCACAUUUCUGAACACGGGUUAGAUCGCCACCGCCACGGGGUCCAAUCCAACAGAUCCAACAAAAACGCGCUUUCAACCAGCCGAGGCUACGCGGCUCUCAGCACGUCUCAUGUGGACUGUCCGUCGCCACUGCCACCUGCUGCUGCUGCUGGGAAGUUUGCCGUGGAGGUUAUUGCGGACGACCCGCGGCUGCUCCCGCAGGCAAUUCCUCAUGAAGGCGCUGGCAAAAGCGGAGUGUCUAGUCGGUGA